CCUUACUUUAGUUAUUUUAUCCACUUACUGCCUCACCGCUUACCCCUUCUCAUUAUCCAAUUUAUGCUUCAGGGGUUCAUUGUUAACUCUUUAAGUCUGUACAGUUCUGACCCAUCUGCUAUUUUAAAAGUCAGAAUGUCUUUCCUUCCGGUUUCUCCUGAAUUGACAAAUUCCAUAGAUGAGCCUCGAUUAUAUCCGUCUCCAGCGGAACCAAAGUUGAUAGCAUUUGUGAUCAUUCCGAGUGACUCAUCAAGAUAUAUUCUGGACAUAAGACAACCAAAGGCACAGCUCUGAGGGAAAAUCUAGAUCAAUCUGAAAAAGCGCCAAAACCGGUUCUAGUUUUCUAGAAAUGUUCCCAAGCAGGACCGGUUCGCGAUCGAUGUGAAACCACUAUACCGAUCGCGAGUUAGUCCAAGAGUGGUUCCAUGGUUCCACCCAUCAUCACAACCGAAACCUGAAGCUGUUUUCCGCUCCGGCUACCGCAAAAGACCAACUCUGACAUCACGUUCCAGCCCACCAAAAGUUAUCGAAAUGCCAUCGAGGACCACGUCUAGUCUACUCGACUCACGAUGGGCCCCUGGUCCAGAGGAGCUCAAGACGAGACGGUCAUCAUCCACUCCCCGAGGACACAACCACCCACCUCCCUCGCAGGAACUGGCCCGCUUCAUGAAAAUCGUCGGGCGAUUAAAGUGGAAAUUACCCUUCCUGGCGGAGGGUUACCGCCUUGCGACGCUCCCCGCUGACAGUAGCGUUGAUGUCGCCCAUGCGGAGAUCAUGUUCAAGAUCGAUUUCUUCGAGUACUAUGCGCUUCUGGAGCGCGCCAUCGUGCAUUUACUCGGCGUCUUCGGCGUGACGGUCACUGGUGCUGUUACUAGAUCGCAAUCGACUCCGAGGCUUGGGAGGAAUAGGUCCCGAGCGGCUACGCAUCGGUAUCACGCAAAUGUCCUGGACACGCUAGAGAAGGAGAGCUGUCCAUUGCAUUCUGUUCUCGGGAGUGGAAAUGUGCGCGAGCAGUUAAGGAAAGCGAAAGAACUUCGUAAUCGAUGGAAGACAGCCGACAUGUCGAAAGAAGAGGCGGAGAAAGAUCCGUUCCGUCGUCCGAAGGAGACUGCGAUGCCACUCGAAAGCUACGACUUCGACCAUAUUUUAUCUGAAAUCUUUGUCGGUUUAGAAGAUGGACUUGCACUGGCUCGGGAGCAUUUGGCCAGGGCCGAGAAUAGCACUGGUAAUGACUUGUCGGGCGAUUCGAUGGCCGAUUGGGAUUUCAUUGUCGAUGCUAUGGAUUGGGAGGCUGUGUGAGAUUUUCGUCCAAUUUUUCAUCUUUGUUGCAUUUUUAUGGGCUUCAUGGGUUUGUUGGCGUUUGUCGUGUUCCGCAGCUCCUUGUAUAUUACUGUUUUCCUGUAUCAGAUAGAAUGCCUGAAGGACUGUCACUCCGUUAUACAGAGUACACAGUCAUGAUAAUAAGUGGGGAGAGCGACAUUCAUGGCAUAAUAUAAGAAUUUUGAUUAAAA